AUGACCUCGCACAGCGCCGCUGUUAUGGAUUUUGUUCUUCGUACCGUGCCUGAAUACACGGAGAGAAUGCAGCUCGCAGCUCCAGCCUCCAACUUUGAGCUUCUCACUCAAUUCCAGCCUGUGACCAAGUCGAUGGUGGCCCAUGGCGACGAACGAGGUGGCAACGUCCUCGGCCUUGGGAGGGUGGUCGCAGACGGUCCGGCUCUCAUGUGGCUCCUAGCACUCACGGUGGAUACCGCAGAGAACCAGAAGUUGAUCUUUCCUCUCUUACUCAAACUUGAGCGUGUCAUCAACAAGUUUGCUGAUGAUGAGAAACUCCAAAAGGACUGGGAGUUUUUGAACUACAGCGGUCUCGAUCAGAAACCACUCCUGCACUAUGGCGAGGACAUAGUCCACUUUCUGAGGAACGUUUCGUUGGAAUACGACCGAAACCGAGUUUUCCAGGACCUGCGGAAGACGGGCUUCCGGAUUCCCAUCUAA